CAGGCAUACAUAUUAUUGUUUUAAAUCUCUAAAAAUGAGUGCAGUUACGAUUUUGUGUAUUUUGAGUGCGUUUGCUGUAAUGACUUUUGGACUUCCUAGAAGGAGAGAUAUUUACGCCGAGGAAUCUCCUCCGGGGUAUGUUGUCGGGGGUUACUUAAAAAAACCCAUUGCAAAUCAUGAUUAUUUACCUUCAAUGUCGACGUUCGUAACAAAAGAUGUCGUAGCUACAAAUACUUUCGCAGGAAUACCACAAGAUACCGCUUGGGAUACUAACACAAAGGAAGAUUAUACCGAAAGGGAUCCGCAGAAUAUACCGAUCAACACUCCCGAGUUAGCCAUAGAAGAAAAUGCUUCCAGUGAUAGUUCAUCAACUACCGGUGUUGAAAAUAAUGAUGGUAAUAAUAGGGAAGUUAGAAAAAAAGGGAGGAAACCAUCUAAACCUCAGGAAGAUGAAGAUGAUGAUACUCCUUGGUGGUUUACUAAAGGAGGCGGGCCAUCGUUCACCUCAUUUUUUCCUAUAAAUAUCAGCGGAGGAGUACGACGUCGCUCUGGAGGGCCGAUGGAUGAAAACGAUACGCCCUCUGGGUCGGCCACAGCUAUCGCCAAUUCGUUUUCUACUGGUAGAGGUGGUGUGGCAACAUCGCACGCGACAUCCUUCGGUGACCCUUAUUUAGCAUCAUUGUUUUUAAAACACGGAAUGUACGAUCUUAAAGGAGAUGGACAUAGAAAAGGAUCCACUACAUAUUGAUGAAUAUUUAUCUAGUUUGAAAUAUGAGAAAAUAUUUUCUUCUAACCGUAUAAAAAUAUUAAAUCGAUGUAUUGAUGAUUUUUAAUUCAAAAAUAUUUAUUCUUUUGACAAUCUAUUUAUUAUAUAAAAGU